AGAGGCUCAAACAGCGUGAGCUAAAUUUGGAGUGCAGGAGCAGCUUGAGGAAAAUGCAUCGGCUAGUUAAACCCGCUGAAAUGGGAAGGUUUUGCUACUCUCUCAAACCUAACCAGAUUGUUCAAUUUCAUCUGCAUCCAAUUGGGUUUUCCCAAUCGUCUCAUCUCUGCCACUGCUGGAAUUGCUCAGUUGAAUAAAUCCUCACUCAGGUAACAUCACCCUUUCUUGUAUAUACCAAAUUUCAUAGGAACUUGAGUUUUCGUUCCAGGUUUUCUGCUUAGUUUCUGAGAGUUCUGCUAUACCCAUUUAGAGUAAUGUUAAAAAUUCCAAAACUUUGGCAUCCUCUGACCAAAAAGUUGCAGUCUUUGAUCAAUACUCACCGUUUUGGGAUUUUCUCAGCUGGGUAUGUUAAGGGUAGCAAUGACAGUGGUUUAGAGUCAGAGAAUGAGUGGGAGAGGUUGCUUAAGCCAUUUGACCUCAAUGAACUUCGGAAAUCACUCGUUCAAAUUUCCCCAGUUCAGCUUUGUAAGUUUCUUGAACUCCCACUUGACGUGCCCACGUCAAUGGAAAUAUUCGAAUUGGUGGGUGCCCAGAGGGGAUAUAGCCAUUCAUUUGAUGUGUACUAUAUGUUGAUUGAUAAGCUUGGCGCGGCGGGGGAGUUUAAGGCCAUAGAUAGGUUGUUGAUGCAGAUUAAAGAUGAAGGGAUGGUUUUUAGAGAGUCCAUUUUCAUUAUGAUCAUGAAACAUUAUGGCAGAGCGGGCUUGCCUGGUCAGGCGACUAGGCUGCUUCUGGAUAUGAGAGGGGUUUAUUCUUUUGAACCCACUUUCAAAUCUUACAAUGCUGUUUUGGAUAUACUGGUGGCUGGGAAUUGCCCCAAGGUGGCACCCAAUGUGUUCUAUGACAUGUUGAGUAGGGGCAUCUCUCCCAAUGUUUACACAUUUGGGCUGGUUCUGAAGGCAUUCUGUAUGGUUAAUGAGGUGGAUUCUGCAUGCUCGCUUCUUAGAGACAUGACGAAGCAUGGGUGUGUGCCGAAUUCUGUGGUUUACCAGACUCUUAUACAUGCCCUCUCCAGAAAUGAGCGAGUGAAUGAAGCAUUGAGACUUUUGGAGGAAAUGUUCUUGAUGGGUUGCACUCCUGAUGUUCAGACUUUUAAUGAUAUUAUCCAUGGUCUCAGCAAGGUCGAUCGGAUUCAGGAGGCAGCAAAGUUGGUUGAUCGGAUGCUUUUGCGGGGUUUUACUCCUGAUGAGAUAACUUAUGGAGUUUUAAUGAACGGAUUAUGUAGAACAGGGCAUGUUGAUGAAGCAAGGGCAUUGUUAAAUAAAGUGCCUAGCCCGAAUGCUGUGCUUUUCAAUACCUUGAUUAAUGGUUAUGUUACCAGUGGACGCUUUGAUGAAGCCAAAGUUGUCUACUGUGAUGGCAUGCUGGGUAACAGCUGUGACCUUGAUGUUUAUACAUUUAACAUUCUGAUUCGUGGACUUUGCAAGAAGGGCAGUUUGACUUCUGCUCGUGAAUUGGUCAGUGAGAUGGAAACUAAGGGCUGCAAGCCCAAUGUGAUAACUUACACGAUAUUGGUUGAUGGGUUAUGCAAGGAAGGUCAACUACAGGAAGCUGGUGAUGUUUUAAAUGAGAUGUCAUACAAGGGUCUUGGUCCGAAUAUCGUGGGAUACAAUUGUCUAAUAUCUGCUCUCUGCAAGGAUGGAAAGGUCCACGAAGCUUUAAAGUUGUUUAGUGAAAUAUCAAGCAAAGGAUGUAAGGCAGACAUAUUUACCUUUAAUUCUUUGAUAUUUGGAUUGUGCAAGGUUGAUAGGAUGGAAGAGGCAUUGGGAUUGUACCAUGAUAUGUUAUUGGAGGGUGUUAUUGCCAACACUGUAACUUAUAACACAUUAAUUCAUGGUUUUCUGACUGGAGGUGCGAUCCAAGAAGCACUGAAGCUUGUAAAUGAAAUGGUGUCUAGAGGAUGCCCUCUUGACAAAAUAACCUAUAAUGGGUUAGUAAAGGCACUCUGCAGAGCUGGGGCUGUAGAAAAAGCAAGGGGAUUGUUUGAAGAAAUGAUGAGGACAGGACUUCAUCCAGAUUGUAUCUCAUGCAAUAUUUUGAUUAAUGGCCUCUGUAAAAGUGGCAAAGUAUAUGAAGCCCUUGAGUUCCUAAGGGAUAUGAUUCAUCGCGGUUUAAUGCCCGAUAUAGUCACUUAUAAUAGCCUGAUAAAUGGUAUGUGCAAGAUGGGACACAUUUGGGAAGCUUUGAAUCUCUUUGACAGAUUACAAGCUGAAGGGGUAUGCCCUGAUGCUAUUACUUAUAACACUUUGAUCAGUUGGCAUUGCAAAGAGGGCAUGAUUAAUGAUGCUUGUUUGCUUCUACAUAGAGGUGUGACUAAUGGAUUCAUACCAAAUCAUGUGACGUGGUAUAUAUUGGUCAGCAACCUGUCUAAAGAAAGAGGUUAUGUCCAUCAGGGCUUUAUUUAAGCCUAGUUUAUUUUUCUCCGGAGUGCACUAAGGAUUCUCAUGGUAUUUCUGAAAGCAUUUAUGCUGAUGGUGAUUGGAGGUGGAUAUGAAGGCACACAUUUUGAUUUUUAGUUGGUGGUAAUCCUGAUUUUUGAGUUCUUUUAAAUUAUAAAGAUUUUGCACCUGCGAGUUUGAUUUGUUGGUUGGUGAUUGGGGAGAAAUCCGGCUGGCUCUCUGGAAUACUUGGCUGAGUUUUCUGCUGGUUGAGGCAGAACAAACUACAUGUUGCUUUGUGUUGUUGAGGUAAAUAUAAUCAUGGGCAACCUGAGCUUGUUUCUUCAUUCUGUACAUGGAAACCUUCUAGUAGCCUAUUGUAACUUUAUGUUUAAUGCAUACUUCCAUAGACUUACAUCCCUAUUUGGAGAAGUAGUAGUUUCAUAGUUUGCAUCAGAGGCAGUGGCCAUCAAUGAAGCCUACUAUGACAACUUUUAGAUUAUUUUUGCCUCAUUGUUUGAAUUUAUGAUCUUGUCAUAUUAGGGUUAAUGUUAUUUUCACAAAUAAAAGUUGCCCUCUAAUCAGUUGUGAAAAGAUAUGUUCCUUAUCCACUGUUGAAUGCUUUAUGGAAAAGGUUUAACAACACUUUCAUGAGCUAUAUAUCUAGACAUGUUACCACUCAACUUACCACCAGGCACCAGAUAGACACUUUGACUCUUGCUUUAUAGGAUUUAAAUGCUUGUCUAGUUCUUUUAAUUUUAUUUAUUUUUAUUUUUAUUUUUAUUUUUAAUUUAUCAGAAAGCUAAUUCAUAAAACAGGAGAUAUACUUGUCUGGUUUGAAUCUAAUGAAUGCUACUUAUCUUACGUUGUCACUAGUUUGAUAUUGUAAAUAAUUCUGCUUAUCUUUGAGACCAUGGAAUUUAUUGUUUGCUAACUUCAAGACUUGCCGUCUUGAUUCUCUCAGCUUAGACUCCAACAUACUGUCACCUUGUUAUUGCAGGCAAACUUAAGCAUGAUAAUUCUAGAGACCAAGUAAAUUAGGGUUGAUGAUAAUUCCAGAUUGAUCUAAUAUGUUAUUGGGAGUCAGUUUGUCUGAUUUAAUAUGUUUAAAAGUAUGUGACAGAUUUAUGUGUCACGUUUGUUAAGACGAUAACUAGUAGAUUAGUGUUGAUGAUUAUUCUAGAUAGGUCAAAUAUGUUUGUCAUUCAGAGCCAGUUUGUCUGAUUUAAUAUGUUUAAAGGAAUGGAAGAGAUAUUAUGUCUGCCCAAAUUACUUAAUCAUCCAAGUAUUUCAAUUUCAAUCUUUGUCUGGCGUCUGAUCAUGUCUCAAUUUUUGUUAUUUCUGUCGCGUUAAAGGUGGAGCUGAUUGUUUUUGACCUAUAUUAUGUUGUGGAUUCAAGAUAAGCGCCUUUCUUAGCUAGAAGCAUGCACAUUAGCUAGAAGCAUGUAUGUGAAGUGUAUUGUUGCAUAUAAUCCUUAUGCCUGGAUAGUUUUGAAUUAUAUCCAUGAUUUAUUGGACAGAAAACAGCUGGAUAUAUAGAACAGAUGUAUUCAACUGUGUGUGCGCUCUAUUUUGUGGAGGAGGGAAUGCGAGUAUCCUUCUGGUGAUGGCACACGUCUGGGUGUCAUACAGGAGUGGUUAUGAAAUCAAAAUGCAGGUUCUUCACAACUGCAAAGCAGCUCCCUCUCCCUCUCAUUUCAUAAGCAGAAGGUCCUUAGCGAUGAUCUGAUUAUUUUUUCGUCACCGUGACUUUGAUAUUCCACCCGAUCCUACCUACUUUAGAGUCGGAUUUCAUUUCAGAUGAUCUCGAUUAAACCGAUUGCAUUGCAGUGGUUAGAUGUCUUUUAGUGAUGAUCUGUUUUAUUCGCAUAUGUAUUUUUUUUUUCUUGGUAAAACCAAUUAUUUGGUUGAUAAACUAGACUGUAAACCAAUUUCUUAUAGAUUCAGUGAAGUAAUUUUGCAUC